AAAACCAACUUAACCCGAGAGAGCAUCGUCGUCAAAAACCCCAAACUCACAAAAUCUCCGCCGCUAAACCCCUCCGUCGAUUUUCCGAUUCAAAUUGAAUGAUGGGCGACGAAGCAGCACCAAAAGGGCCCCAAAACAGAGAACUCUACGCGCUACUGAAUCUCUCACCGGAAGCCUCCGACGAAGAAAUCAGGAAAGCUUAUCGUCAAUGGGCACAAGUCUAUCACCCCGACAAGUCCCCUUCUCCUCUGAUGAAGGAGGUUGCGGAAGAGAACUUUAAACGGAUAUGUGAAGCUUAUGAGAUAUUAUCUGAUGAGACUAAGAGGUUGAUUUAUGAUUUGUAUGGAAUGGAAGGGUUGGCUUCAGGGUUGGAGCUUGGUCCUAGGCUGAGUAAGGCUGAGGAGAUUAAGGAGGAGCUUGAGAGGAUUAAGAGGAGAGAGGAAGAGGCUAAGAAGAUGGCUCAUUUUAUGCCCUCUGGUUCUAUUGUAUUCAAUUUGUCUUUGCCGAGUUUCUUAGACGGUGAUGGCAUCAUGAGAGGAAUGGUUAUGGCUAGUCAAGUGCAGUCUCAGUUAUCAAAAGAUGAUGCUAUUGCCAUUGCCGGAAAUUUAGCAGCCAAUCAAAGGUCUGGUGGUGGAAUUGGUACUGCCAUUCUGAGACGUCAGCUUUCUCCAGUGUCAUCCAUAGAGUUCGUAGCUUCAACGGGUCUGCAGUCUCUUAUUGGGAUGCAGACAACACGUCAGUUGUCCAUACAUUCAACUGCAACUAUCAAUAUUUCAAAGUCUUUGAGUGAUGGAUCCAUUAACCUUACCAACACGUGGACUCGGCAGCUUUCAGAAACUUCAAGCGGAAAUAUUGAACUUGCACUGGGUAUGCGAUCAGGAAUUACAGUAGGAUGGAAAAAGAGAGACGAGAAUGUAUCUGCUGGUGCUGAUUUGAAGAUUGAGACUGGUGGACUCGGAGCGUCAGCUCGUUAUACUCGUAAACUUUCAUCUAAAUCUCACGGUCGCAUUGUAGGUAGAAUUGGAAGCAAUGCUCUUGAGAUUGAGGUUGGUGGUGGAAGGAAGAUUUCUGAGUUCAGUACUUUAAGAAUGAUGUAUACAAUAGGAAUCAAGGGUAUUUUUUGGAAACUUGAGCUACACCGUGGUGGUCAAAAGCUGAUUGUUCCUGUUCUACUCUCCGCAUAUAUAAGUCCAGUAUUUGCCACUGGAGCAUUCAUUGUUCCAACAUCUCUUUACUUUUUGUUAAAGAAAUUUUUGGUGAAGCCAUAUAUGCAGAAAAGAGAAAAACGAAAGGCAUUGGAGAAUAUGGAGAAAACUUAUGGCAAGGUUCGGGAAGCAAGGGCAUCAGCUGAGAAAGCCCAGCAGUUGCUACAAAACGUAGCCACAAGGAAGAAAAACCGACAAGCUGAAACAGGCGGGCUCAUAGUAACAAAAGCGUUGUAUGGUGACGCAAAGGCCAUAGAGAAAAGACAUGAACAUUUGGGAGAAGAAGUGGAUUCAGGAGUCAUUGACGUGACAGUGCCCAUGAACUUCCUAGUGAGUGACUCCGGGGAGCUCAAGCUCCAUGAAGGAGUGAAGAAAUCAGGGAUCAUGGGCUUUUGUGAUCCAUGUCCUGACCAACCUAAACAGCUAUACGUUGCCUAUACUUAUAAUUCUCGUACAUUUGAGGCAAUUGUUGGUGACUUUGAAGAGCUGGUUUUACCACAAGCUGGUCAGUGAGUAUGAAAGGUACUCUCAACUUUGUUGUUUUAAUUAACUACGCAAAAGUUUAUUCGGGGUUUUGUAACUCCCAGUUUCAUGUUUAUUGAUCACAACUUGCCUUUGAGGCUCUUUUUUACUUUCAUUUCUCAAUAAAUUAAGCAUUAUUGUUUGCUAUGAAUUUUAUAUCGAUUUUCAUUUACAUAUGUAGUUUAUUGUCAAUAAUAUUUGUUUUUUU